CAUUACCCGAAGCUGUUCGUCCUCUGCUCUCCCUCCCAUCUCUCCUCACAUUAUACCCGGUGCUGCAAUUGCCUGCGCGCCUCUCCCGUUGAAGUGUAUCUCGUCGUUGGUGUUGCUCCUCCCAGCACAGCAAUCGGCGUCUUUCUGUAGAUUGCUUUUCGGCCAAUUUGCAUACCAGCUCCACAGCUACAAGACACUACUACUAAUACUCUGCUCGAUCCUCCCAUCGGCAGCAGCAGCUUGAGACCACGUCACGCAACGUGCAAAAACGCCAAUUGCGGGCAUCGUCGUCAUCUGGGGUAUUCUGAUCUGCAAGCGGGACUAGAGGCCGGGCUCCAGCUUCUUAGCAGCACAAAUUCGCCGACUCCUCACCACUCCUGCAGCCUCCCCCUCGCUCCCUCCUUCCUCCCCCCACUCACGCCACUCCCUGCAUGGGAAUUGCACUCAACGACAUGGCUGGAGGCGCAGAGAACGGCGCCAAUGGCUCUGCCAACGGCGCCCCGAGCACGUAUGCGGCCAAGUACAACCUGGCUCCGCACUUCAUCGGCGGGAACCACCUCAACGCCGCGUCGCCGGGCAAGGUGAAGGACUUUGUCACGGCGCACGACGGACACACGGUCAUUACAAAUGUGCUUAUUGCGAACAACGGUAUUGCGGCAGUCAAGGAGAUCCGCUCGGUGCGGAAGUGGGCGUACGAGACAUUCGGCGAUGAGCGGGCCAUCCAGUUCACCGUCAUGGCCACGCCCGAGGAUCUGCAGGCCAAUGCCGAAUACAUCCGCAUGGCCGACCAGUAUGUCGAGGUGCCCGGCGGAACCAACAACAACAACUACGCCAACGUCGAGCUGAUUGUCGAUGUGGCGGAGCGGAUGAACGUCCACGCCGUGUGGGCAGGAUGGGGCCACGCCUCGGAAAACCCAAAGCUCCCCGAAUCGCUCGCCGCCUCGCCCAAGAAGAUCGUCUUCAUCGGCCCCCCCGGGUCGGCCAUGCGCUCGCUCGGCGACAAGAUCUCGUCCACAAUCGUCGCGCAGCACGCAAGGGUGCCCUGCAUCCCGUGGUCGGGCACAGGCGUCGAGGAGGUCAUAGUCGACGACAAGGGCAUCGUCACCGUCGAGGACCACAUCUAUGAGAAGGGAUGCACCAAGACGUGGCAGGAGGGCCUCGAGGCCGCCAAGAAGAUUGGCUUCCCCGUCAUGGUCAAGGCCUCGGAGGGCGGCGGUGGCAAGGGCAUCCGAAAGGUCGACAGCGAAGAGGGCUUCGAGGCGCUGUACAGGGCAGCUGCCUCGGAAAUCCCGGGGUCGCCCAUCUUCAUCAUGAAGCUCGCGGGCAGCGCGCGCCAUCUCGAGGUGCAGCUGCUGGCUGACCAGUACGGCAACAACAUCUCCCUGUUCGGACGUGACUGUUCGGUACAGCGACGCCACCAGAAGAUCAUCGAGGAGGCGCCCGUCACAGUCGCUUCCUCCAACACCUUCCAGGAGAUGGAGAAGGCUGCAGUGUCCCUUGGCAGACUGGUUGGAUACGUUUCAGCCGGUACUGUCGAGUACCUGUAUUCGCACUCCGACGACAAAUUCUACUUCCUCGAGCUGAAUCCCCGUCUGCAGGUGGAGCACCCCACCACAGAAAUGGUCACGGGCGUAAAUCUGCCUGCUGCCCAGCUCCAGAUUGCCAUGGGUCUGCCAUUGCAUAGAAUCCGCGACAUCCGAUUGCUGUACGGCGCCGACCCGCACGCCGGCUCACAGAUCGACUUCUCCUUCUCCACUGAGGGCAGCAUCCAGAACCAGCGACGACCGACUCCCAAGGGCCACUGCACGGCCUGCCGUAUCACCUCUGAAGAUCCCGACGAGGGCUUCAAGCCAUCGGGUGGUACUAUCCACGAUCUGAACUUCAGGAGUAGCUCCAACGUCUGGGGUUACUUCUCCGUCAGUUCUGCUGGUGGUAUCCACAGCUUCUCCGACUCCCAGUUCGGUCACAUCUUCGCUUACGGUGAGAACCGACAAGCAUCGCGGAAACACAUGGUUGUUGCGCUCAAGGAAUUGAGCAUCCGUGGAGAUUUCCGAACGACUGUUGAAUACCUGAUCAAGCUGCUUGAAACACCUGCUUUCGAAGACAACACCAUGACGACUGGCUGGCUCGACGAGCUCAUCUCCAAGAAGCUUACUGCGGAACGACCAGACCCCAUGAUUGCCGUUAUCUGCGGUGCUGUCACGAAAGCUCACGCUGCGAGCGAUGUAUGCAUUGGCGAGUACAAGACUAGCUUGGAGAAGGGUCAGGUCUCCUCCAAAGACCUCCUCAAGACUGUGUUCCCUAUCGACUUCAUCUACGAAGGUUACCGGUAUAAGUUUACUGCGACAAGGUCCACGAUUGACACGUACACGCUCUUCAUCAACGGUUCGAAGUGCUCCGUCGGUAUUCGAGCGCUUGCCGACGGUGGUCUCUUGAUUUUGCUGAGCGGAAAGUCCCACAACGUCUACUGGAAGGAGGAGGUUGGUGCCACUCGUCUCUCUGUCGAUGGUAAGACCUGCCUCCUCGAGCAAGAAAACGACCCCACCCAGCUUCGUACUCCCUCUCCUGGUAAGCUUGUCAAGUUUAUCGUGGAAAAUGGCGACCAUGUUUCCAAGGGUCAGGCCUACGCUGAAGUCGAGGUCAUGAAGAUGUACAUGCCUUUGAUCGCCCAGGAAGCCGGUAUCGUCAAUCUGAUCAAGCAGCCGGGAGCCACGCUCGAGGCUGGUGACAUUAUCGGUGUUCUGGCUCUUGACGACCCGUCCAAGGUCAAGUCGGCUCAAAACUUCUUGGGUCUUCUCCCCGCCCUUGGAUCGCCGCAGGUCAUGGGUGCCAAACCACCGCAGCGAUUCGCAUACCUCUUUGGAGUCCUCCAAAACAUCCUCCAAGGUUUCGACAAUCAGGUCAUUAUGCAGACCACCCUCAAAGAACUUGUCGAUGUUCUCCGGGACCCAGAGCUGCCAUACGGCGAGUGGAAUGCCCAGGCAUCUGCUCUCCACGCGCGUAUGCCACAGAAGCUCGACACCAUAUUGUCUCAGACCGUCGAGAAGGCACAUAGCCGCACUCUCGAGUUCCCCAGCAAGCAGCUCAACAAGGCUUUCCAGAAGUUCAUCGAUGAGAAUGUGGCCAAGGGCGAUGCUGAUCUUCUGAGGUCUGGGCUAGCCCCCCUCACAGAUGUCAUCGCCCGCUACUCUGAGGGACUCAAGGCACAUGAAUACACGGUCGUGAUUCAGUUCUUGGAGAUGUACUGGGCUACCGAGUCGCUCUUCUCCGGCCGCACAUCUCGUGAUGAAGAGAUUAUCCUCAAGCUUCGUGACGAGAACCGCGACAACAUCGAAAGUGUUGUCCACACUGUUCUUUCCCACACUAGGGUUAGCGCAAAGAACAACCUCGUUAUUGCCAUUCUCGACCUCUACCGACCGAACAAGCCUGGCGUUGGAAACAUUGCCAAGUACUUCAAGGGUACUCUCAAGAAGCUCACUGAGCUUGAGUCCAGACAGACUGCCAAGGUGUCACUCAAGGCUCGUGAGGUUCUCAUCCAGUGUGCUAUGCCCUCUCUCGAGGAACGUACCACACAGAUGGAGCACAUUUUGCGAUCGGCAGUUGUUGAAUCACGCUAUGGUGAGAGUGGUUGGGACCACCGUGAGCCCAAUUUCGAGGUCAUCAAGGAGGUCGUUGACUCGAGAUACACUGUCUUCGACGUCCUGACGCAGUUCUUCGUCCACCAGGACCCGUGGGUCUCUCUUGCUGCGUUGGAAGUGUACACUCGUCGCGCGUACCGUGCGUACCAGCUCCAGGACAUCCAAUACCACAACGAGGGUGAACAACUCUGCCUUCUUUCUUGGGAUUUCGUCCUUCGUAAGGUUGGUGAAGCAGAGUACGGUCUUGCCGUAGAGCCUUCCGAGCCUGGUACCCCGAUGACCCCCGGAUUCGAGCGACCACCUCGCAUCCAAUCCAUGAGCGACUUGAGCGCUUGGAAUGCUCGCUUCGAGGGCGAACCCUCUAGGAAAGGUGUCGUCGUUCCUGUUGAGUAUCUUGACGAUGCCGAUGAGUCGAUUGCGAAGGCUCUUGACAUCUUCACGAAUUCCGGUGACUCGAAGAAGGGUGGUAUCACUUUGAAGCAAAGCAUGGCUUUGAAGCGUACUCCGACUUCCGGUGUUCUUCCCAACAGGGGUACAGACGAGCUUACCGGUGUGCUGAACGUCGCUGUCCGUGAUAUCGAGGGCGUUGAUGACAAGGAGAUCUUGGAACGCAUUCUUCCUCUCGUCGAAGAGUACAAGGAGGAGUUGCUUUCUCACCGCAUUCGCCGCCUCACUUUCAUCUGCGGUCAUAGGGAUGGAACUUACCCUGGCUACUACACCUUCCGUGGCCCAGAGUAUGAAGAAGAUGACAGUAUUCGUCACGUCGAGCCUGCUCUUGCUUUCCAGCUUGAGCUUGGGCGUUUGUCAAAGUUCAACAUCAAGCCCGUGUUCACCGAGAACCGCAACAUCCAUAUCUACGAGGCUGUUGGCAAGGGUGCUGAAAGCGAUAAGCGCUACUUCCUUAGGGCUGUUGUUCGAUCUGGACGCCUUCGUGAGGAGAUCCCUACUGCAGAGUACAUGGUCUCUGAGACUGAUCGGUUGAUGACUGACAUUCUGGAUGCCUUGGAGAUUGUUGGCACUUCUCAAGCUGACAUGAACCACAUCUUCAUCAACUUCUCUCACGUGUUCCCUCUCAACCCCGCUGAGGUUGAGGAGGCCAUCGGCGGCUUUUUGGAACGCUUUGGUCGACGACUCUGGCGCCUUCGUGUCACCGGCGCUGAGAUCCGCAUCAUUGUGACCGAUCCUGCGACUGGCAUUCCUUACCCUCUGCGCGUCAUCAUCACCAACACCUCUGGAUACGUCAUUCAAGUUGAGAUGUAUGCGGAGCGCAAGUCUGAGAAGGCUGGCAAGUGGCUCUUCCACAGCAUCGGCGGAACAACCAAGAUUGGCGCGCUUCAUCUCCAGCCCGUGACAACGCCUUACCCGACCAAGGGAGCUCUUCAGCCAAAGAGGUACAAGGCUCAUCUUAUGGGAACUCAGUAUGUCUACGACUUUCCCGAGCUCUUCCGGCAAGCGACCGAGAACAGCUGGUCGGCGGCUAUUGCCAAGCACCCUUACCUCCGCGACAAGCAGCCAGCGAAGGGAGAGUGCGUUGAGCACUUUGAGCUGGUGCUUGACGACACUGACAACCUGGCUGAGGUCAACCGUGAUCCUGGUAACAACUCCAUCGGUAUGGUCGGUUGGAUCGUUACUGCGAAGACUCCUGAGUACCCUCGUGGCCGUCGCUUCAUCAUCAUCGCCAACGACAUCACCUACAAGAUCGGUUCGUUCGGUCCCCAGGAAGACAAUUUCUUCCACAAGUGCUCAGAGCUUGCACGUAAGCUCGGCAUCCCACGAAUCUACCUUUCUGCCAACUCUGGAGCUCGUAUUGGUCUCGCUGAGGAGCUCAUUCCUCACUUCUCCGUUGCUUGGAAGGAUGAGGGCAAGCCUGAGGCGGGCUUCGACUACCUCUACCUGACCCCAGAGAAGUAUGCGCACUUCGUGGACGGAAAGCGUAAUGAUGUCAUCUGCGAGAAGGUCGAUGUUGAUGGUCAGACGCGACACAAGAUCACCACCGUCAUUGGUGCAGAGGAUGGACUUGGUGUUGAGUCGCUCCGGGGCUCUGGUCUGAUCGCUGGUGAGACAUCAAGAGCUUACGAGGACAUCUUCACCAUCACGUUGGUAACUUGCCGCUCAGUUGGUAUCGGUGCCUACCUUGUCCGUCUUGGUCAGCGUGCUAUCCAGAUCGAGGGCCAGCCGAUCAUCCUCACGGGUGCCCAGGCUAUCAACAAGCUGCUCGGUCGUGAAGUGUACACAUCCAACCUCCAGCUCGGUGGAACCCAGAUCAUGUACAGGAAUGGUGUUUCGCAUCAGACCGCCGAGGAUGACUUCGAAGGUGUUUCCAAGAUCGUUAAGUGGAUGUCGUUUGUGCCUGACAAGAAGGGCAACCCUGUUCCUAUCUCGCCAACAUCUGAUGACUGGGACCGCGAUGUUACGUACUACCCACCUGGAAAGGCUGCCUACGAUGUCAGGCACCUCAUCGCCGGGAAGGACGACGAGGAUGGCUUCCAGUCUGGUCUCUUCGACAAGGGCUCCUUCGAGGAAACGCUUGGUGGCUGGGCAAAGACCGUUGUUGUUGGACGAGCUCGCCUUGGUGGUAUCCCUGUGGGUGUCAUUGGCGUCGAGACUCGCUCAGUUGAGAACGUCACGCCUGCUGAUCCCGCCAACCCUGACUCCGUCGAGCAAGUCACAUCUGAGGCUGGUGGUGUCUGGUACCCUAACUCCGCAUUCAAGACGGCCCAGGCCAUCAAGGACUUCAACAACGGUGAGCAGCUGCCGCUGAUGAUCCUCGCCAACUGGCGUGGUUUCUCUGGUGGUCAGCGCGACAUGUACAACGAGGUCCUCAAGUACGGUUCGUACAUUGUGGAUGCUCUUGUCAAGUUCGAGCAGCCUAUCUUUGUGUACAUUCCGCCAUACGGUGAACUCCGUGGUGGCUCCUGGGUCGUCGUCGAUCCUACCAUCAACCCUCAAUUCAUGGAGAUGUACGCUGACGAGGACUCGCGCGGUGGUGUUCUCGAGCCCGAAGGCAUUGUCGGCAUCAAGUUCCGCAAGGAGAAGCAACUCGAGACCAUGGCACGCAACGACCCCACAUAUGCUGCUCUCAAGAGCAAGCUGAACAACCCCUCGACACCACAAGAUCAGCUCCAGAAAAUCAAGGCUGAGAUGACCGAGCGCGAACAGUUACUGCUGCCUGUCUACAGCCAGAUCGCCAUCCAGUUCGCUGACCUUCACGAUCGUUCCGGCCGUAUGAUGGCCAAGGGUGUUAUCCGCCAAGCUCUGCGAUGGCAGAACGCGCGCCGCUUCUUCUACUGGCGUCUUCGCCGCCGUCUCAACGAGGAGUACAUCCUGAAGAAGCUUGCCGCUGCCGCCGCGCCAUCGCAAGACCAGCCCAAGGCCGACGCUGUCACACGCGCCCGUGGCCUCGAGAUGCUUCAAGCUUGGUGCAACAUUCCCCAGUUCGAGACCGACGACAUGAGUGUUGCAACCUGGUACGAGGAGAACCGAAAGACUGUCCACGAGCGCGUCGAAAAGCUGCGAAGCGAAGGCAUUGCGCUUGAGGUCGCGCAACUGAUGCGCAAGGAUCGUGAAGGCGGUCUCAAGGGUGUUGUCGCGCUGCUCAGCACGCUACCAACAGCAGAGAAGGAAGAGGUCAUCAAGAUGUUGAGCCGAUCGUAGGACAGCCCCUUGGAAUAGUGUAUAUUAGGUUUUCUCGCUUCGUGUGAAUCUUGGCAUUUUGGGGGGGUGUUUUGGGAUGGCGGCGAGUGUUGUACUUAGCGUUCCUGUUGCUUUUGGGUGUGUGUGUGUUUGGCAUCCGGAAGUGAGAUUAGAUAUAUCCCUGUGCAAAGGAGGUGGAGGUGUUGGGAGGCACUUAUCCAUCGCCUUGUGGAAUGUAUCUGAAAUUGUUCAACCAAUUUUUGGCGUGGUUCGAAUUGACUUGCUCCUUACACAUACGCAUCUUGACAAAAUGUCUACAAAUUUCGUUGUCGAAAAGAGUUUUUCAAAACAGUGAAC